UCACCAUUUCUCCUCAAUCGCGUCGCAGAGAUUGACAGAUCAGAGAAAGUUUCUCCCGCUGCCUGAUUUCUGUUGCAAAAAAGCAUCGAUUGAAAAUGGAACCGGUAGUUAGGAAGAGGGGCGGCGGCGCGUGGGAGGGUAUGUAUAGAUUGGUCAUGCGCCGCACUCCGGUCUAUGUCACCUUCGUCCUCGUCGGCGCUUUUGUCGGUGAACGCGCCGUCGAUCGUGGAAUUCACGCUCUAUGGGAACACAUCAACGUUGGGAAACGCUAUGAGGAUAUUUCGGUUCUGGGACAGAGACAGUCCGAAGAGUGAAGUGACAACGAUGAACAAUUUGCCUGGCAUCCUUUUCUUUCCAUAGCUUAGAAGAUGCAUUGAUGUUCAAUAAUUGUUACCCUAUUUCUUGUUCCUGCAACGUGCCUGCAAUUUUCUUUAACACACUAAAUUACUGGCAAAUUUGGAGUUGCAGUUUUUUUUUUCCUUUCCCUUUGCAGUUGAUAAGUUCUAGUGAUAUCUUUUUGAGUGUCCUGUUCAUUUUGAACAUGGAUUUAACUCGAGGAGAAAUAUUUCACUGAACAAUAUACGGAUUAUAAUUUAUUUUUCUUGAA